CGAACGGCUUGUUCGAAAAUACAACAAGGAAGUGGACGUUUAUUGUUAAGGAGAAUAACCACCGGAUAAAACAUCUCACCGGAGCUGGAAGCCACUCUGCUCGGUUGUUGGGUGUCGGGGGGGUAAAGUCACGGAGGACUUACCCCGCGAGCCCGUUCGUUACCGUCUCGAGGGAUCCUGGUUUUAGCCUGCUAGCUAGCUAGCGAUGAACACGGACGUGGAAUUUCACAUCAGGCAGAAUUAUCCGUGGACCAAGCUGCCAGCUAAUGUCAAACAGAGUUUGGGGAACUCUCAGCGCGAGUAUGAGAAGCAUGUGUUGCUGUACAGCAUCCGCAACCAGCUGCGAUUCCGCAAUAACCUAGUGCGCCACGUGAGGAAGGAUGAGCGGAAGUAUUACGAGGAGCUCCUGAAGUACAGCCGGGACCACCUGAUGCUGUACCCCUACCACCUGUCUGACAUCAUGGUCAAAGGGCUGCGAGUCACUCCCUUCUCAUACUACAUAGGAAUCAUGGAGGAUAUUAUGAACAGCGAGAAGAGUUACGACUCCCUGCCCAACUUCACUGCAGCCGACUGUCUGCGGCUGCUCGGCAUCGGGAGAAACCAGUACAUCGACCUAAUGAAUCAGUGCAGGUCUUCCAAAAAAUUCUUCCGCAGAAAGUCAGCGAGGGACCUGCUACCAGCCAAACCAGUGGAAAUCUCUGUGGAGCCGUGGUGGGUCGCACAGACGGGCUACAUCACAGAGGACGAUAUCAGGAUCUGUUCUCAAGCUGAGAAGAAAGCCAUCGAUAAGAUGAUUGAUUCUGGACCUCAGCUAGCUGGAUCAAUGGAGUACAAUGUGGUUUUAAGCUUGUACAACCGAGGCUUUAUUUAUUUGGACGUUCCCAUCUCUGAUGACAGCUGUAUCUCAGUGCCGCCGUUGGAAGGCUUUGUCAUGAAUCGCGUGCAAGGGGAUUACUUUGAAACACUUCUCUACAAAAUCUUUGUGUCCAUCGAUGAGCAGACAAAUGUCGCAGAGCUGGCGAACGUGUUGGAGAUCGACUUGGACUUAGUAAAAAAUGCAGUUUCCAUGUACUGUCGCCUUGGCUUUGCUGUGAAGAAAGGUCAGACAUUCGGCUCAGACCAGCUCCACCCCACCUGGAAAAAUGCCCCGUCUGUCAACAGGCUCAAGAGCACCAUGGACCCUCAGAAGAUGCUGCUGUCCUGGGAGCAGGGCAGUCCUGUUAUGGAGGGAGGCUCCUCUGCCACCGACACUGACACAACCAGCCUGGAAGAUCAAGCAGACACAGCCAGCGUGAGCAGCCUGAGCAUCCCAGCAGCACCUACAAAGAGGAUCGCCUUCCUGUUCGACUCCACCCUCACAGCCUUCCUCAUGAUGGGAAACCUGUCUCCGAACCUGAAGAGUCACGCGGUGACCAUGUUUGAGGUAGGUAAGCUGUCUGAUGAGACGCUGGACAGCUUCCUGGCUGAGCUGGAGAAGGUGGAGAGCACAGCAGAAGGCGAGGCCCAGCGUUACUUUGAUCAUGCUCUGACUCUGAAAAACACUAUCCUCUUUCUACGCUACAACAAAGAGCUCACUCAGGACCAGGGACCAGAUAUCCCGAACAUAGGUUUCCCACUGGACAUGCUGCGCUGUGAGAGCCUGCUGGGUUUGGACCAGGCCACCUGCAGCCGCGUCCUCAACAAAAACUACAAGCUGCUUGUCUCAAUGGCACCACUCAGCAACGAGAUCAGACCCAUCAGCAGCUGCACGCCUCAGCACAUCGGCCCGGCCAUCCCUGAGGUGAGCUCCAUCUGGUUCAAGCUCUACUUGUACCAUGUCACCGGCCAAGGCCCGCCCUCUCUGCUGCUCUCCAAAGGCUCCAGGCUCCGCAAACUGCCGGAUAUUUUCCAGGUCUAUGACAGGUUGCUCAUCACAUCCUGGGGUCACGAUCCUGGAGUCGUCCCCACAUCCAAUGUGCUGACAAUGCUCAAUGAUGCACUCACUCACUCUGCUGUGCUAAUCCAGGGUCACGGUAUGCACGGCCACGGAGAAACCGUUCACAUCCCGUUCCCCUUCGAUGAGGACGAUCUGAAAGGCGAGUUCUCCUACUCCAACAUGUGCACGCACAAGUCCCUGCAGAAGCUGAAGGAGCACGUUGACCUGGAGCAUCAGUGCGGCUACAUCACCAUGCUAAACUCCAACAACAGGCACCGGCGCCGGGCCAGCGACACAGCAGAGUGCAGAGGGGACACACAUCUGGGUGGAGGAUUGGACACAAACGGCAGCACUGAGUCCUUUGAGCUUGUGACAGAGGAAAACAACGGGGACGGCAAAGGAAAGACAGACACUCUUUCAAUCGAAGAUGAGUGGGUCCCUCUUGAACUGUGCUUUGGCAUGCCCCUCUUCAGCUCUGAGCUCAACCGCAAAGUGUGUCGAAAAAUCGCUUCACAUAAAUUGUGCAGCAACGAAAGUCUUCAAGAGCUUCUUCACUCCAGCCGAAAGCUUUCGCUGAAGGUGUUGAGCUUCGUUCAGUCAUUCCAGAAUGGUAACCUGACCUCUGACCUGGACAGCGGCGUGUCGAACCCUCUCAGUCAGCCCCCGGCCGAGUCCGGCGUCCCCCUGCCCGCCCUCAACCUCCUUUUCAAGGACGGGCAGCUGAAGGAGUGGAGCGGGCGGGCCCCGCCUCCUCUGGACAUCUCCGCUCUGCAGAAGGACCAGCCCACAUAAACUAACCCCUCCCCUCCAGACACACACAAAAAAACCACAGAGAGUUUAUGAGAAGAUUCUUAAUCGAGGUCCAACACUGCAUCUUCAUAUCUGCUCACGAGGAAACGCUUUCAUUCCAUCGUGGGAAAGUCCUCGCCAGCACUUUGUCAUCAUCGUAUGAGGACUCAUCCUCAGACACUAGUUUGAAACCCCUCCUCCGCUCCCCCCCCCUCUGUGAAUCCUUGUGUUCGUAGCACGGCAGUGUUAUCUGUUGGAGUGGUGCUAUUAUCUCAGUAUAAAACAACAAUGCAGGUCAACAGCACGCCACAUGGAAGAGCGAUUAAGCGGAUGUCUUCUCUCCGCUGACGAGCCCCCCACCCCCCUUCAAUCAGUGGAUGUGUUGUGAUCAUUGAAAGCCGAGUGUAAAGUGUUUGAUAUUGUAUAGAUGUUUAAAAAAGUGUUGAACAAACUUCUUCAGGAAUAAUCGAAGAUAUGCAUCUAAGAGGACCACGUCUUUGACCUGGAGUACAGAUAAAGACCCCCAUCCUCCCCUGUGUUGUCUCAUGUUUAGUGAUCUGAUGAUGCAUGAUGCUGUUGCACAACACGCACCAUUAAAAAUACUUUCCUCUUCACUUGUAAUCAGUAUCGGGGGCAUUUAUAAUUUGCACUGCGCAGGAUUUCUCCAAGCCUGUGGAUGAAGUAAUUUCAUGUUUUUUUAAUGUAAAGGUUUGAUCCCGUGUUAUGCGCACAUUAUUUCAUUCAGAGCUGGUGUUUGCCAUAAAAAAUGUUUCCUUUUGGAAACUUGGACAUGUUAGAAAAAAGUGGGUAUUAAAGAAACUGCUGUUUUUUAUGAUUUUUCUCAGUAAAGAGGAACCAAAGACCA